UCUCGCUAUAUAACGGGGAAGUCCGGCACUGUACAACCUCGGGAAAAAAAAAAAACAGGCGCGGCGCCCUCGCACGGAGAGCUGCGCUAGGGUUAUGAGCCCGCCACCGCGCAGGAGAGGCUGAGCAACGGAGAGGCUCACCAUGACCAAGUCGUACAGCGAAAGCGGGCUGAUGGGCGAGCCCCAGCCCCAGGGUCCCCCCAGCUGGACGGACGAGUGCCUCAGCUCUCAGGACGAGGAGCACGAGAUGGACAAGAAGGAAGAGGAUCUGGAGGGUCUGCACGGCGAGGCCGAGGAGGACUCGCUGCGGAAUGGUGAGGAGGAGGACGAGGAGGAUGACUUGGACGAAGAGGAGGAAGAAGAGGAGGAGGAGGAGGACGACGACCAAAAGCCCAAGAGGCGGGGCCCCAAAAAGAAGAAGAUGACCAAGGCACGCAUGGAACGGUUCAAGCUGCGGCGCAUGAAGGCCAACGCCCGGGAGCGCAACCGCAUGCAUGGCCUGAACGCAGCUCUGGACAACCUGCGGAAGGUGGUGCCCUGCUACUCUAAGACACAGAAGCUCUCCAAGAUCGAGACCCUGCGCCUGGCCAAGAACUACAUCUGGGCGCUCUCCGAGAUACUGCGUUCAGGCAAAAGCCCCGAUCUUGUCUCCUUCGUGCAAACCCUCUGCAAGGGCCUGUCGCAGCCCACCACCAACCUGGUGGCCGGCUGCCUGCAGCUCAACCCGCGGACUUUCCUCCCUGAGCAGAGCCAGGAGGUGCCGCCCCACGUGGCGGCGGCGGGCGCGCCCUUCCCGGCCCACCCCUACCCCUACCAGUCGCCGGGGCUCCCUAGCCCGCCCUACGGCACCAUGGACAGCUCCCACCUCUUCCACAUCAAGCCGCCACACGCGUACGGCGCCGCGCUCGAGCCGUUCUUCGAGAGCGGCCUGGCUGAGGGCGCCAGCCCCGCCUUCGACGGGCCGCUCAGCCCGCCCCUCAGCGUCAACGGAAACUUCUCCUUCAAGCACGAGCCGGCCGCCGACUUCGACAAGACUUACGCCUUCACCAUGCACUACCCCGCCGCCGCCGCGCUGGCCGCCGCUCCCGCCCACGCCGCCAUCUUCCCGGCCGCCGCCUCACGUUGCGAGAUCCCGGUCGACGGCCUGGCGCCCUACGAGGGUCACCCCCACCACGAGCGCGUCCUCAGCGCUCAGCUCAACGCCAUCUUCCACGACUGAGCCUUCCCCAGUCGCGGGAAGGAGAGGGGGAAAGCCGAGCCACGGCCGCCCGCCGGCGGUCACUGCCUUGUUUACAGGGGGCAGCCCGGCGGGUUCCGCCGCUGCCUUCAGGGCCGUCGCGUCCCCACUCACCGGCUGUCUUGCUUCCGCUGUAAAUCUGGGGUAGGGCCACUAGGAUCGCGUCAAUUACCUGAUCGGGAUAACAAAAUCACAAGCAAUAAUUAGGAUCUAUGCAAUUUUUAAACUAGCGAUGGGCCAAUUACAAAAUAUAUAUGAAAUCUAUAUUUUUCAACCAACGUUUUACUACUUGUUACCUUUCCCAUGCUGAAUUAUUUUGUUGUGAUUUUGUACAGAAUUUUUAAUGACUUUUUAUAACGUGAAUUUCCUAUUUUAAACCAUGCAGCUUCAUCAAUUUUUAUACAUACUGGAAAGGUAGAAUUAUAUCUAAUUUAUACAAAAUAAUUUAACUAAUUUUAACCAGCAGAAAAGUGCUUAGAGAAGUUAUGUUGCCUUAGCGCUUCUUUCCUUUCAAAUAGUUGAAGAAGGAAACAAACAAAACAAAAAAAACCCAACCACCCUGAACAGUCCGGGCAAUUUCUUUUCC